UGUGACAUGUGAUUUAGUCAUGUGAUGUAAACAUCGUAGGUGCAGUGUUCUCUGGUAUAUAGUGCGAACUUUCAUAGAUAUUAAUGAAAUCCCAAUUUAAAGCCGAAAUGGUAAGAGCUCUCGCUUUGUUGUGCCUGUGUGGUGUAGGCCUAGCGCUCCCGAGAAACGUGUUCGAGUUUGAGCAGCCGAAAAACGGGGGCCAAACAUGGGCAUUGCUGGUGGCUGGCUCCAAUGGGUAUUACAACUACAGACAUCAGGCUGAUGUAUGCCACGCCUAUCAGAUCCUCCACAGUCAUGGAAUUCCUGAUGAGAGAAUUGUUGUCAUGAUGUAUGAUGACAUAGCUCAUAAUACUGAGAAUCCUGUUAAAAACAACAUCAUCAACCAGCCAAAUGGGCCCAAUGUGUACCAGGGUGUGUUGAAGGACUAUACAGGCAAGCAAGUGAACCCAGAAACGUUCCUGAGCGUUCUCAAGGGAGAGAAGGACAAGGUCAAUGGCGGCAAGGUCAUUGACAGCGGUCCCAAUGACCAUGUGUUUGUUAACUUUGUUGACCAUGGAGCACCUGGUAUCAUUGCUUUCGGCGACGCAACGCUCAAGGCCAAGCAGCUAAUGGAUGCCAUCAACUUCAUGCACGAUAACCAAAAAUACGCAAAGCUGGUCUUCUAUGUAGAGGCAUGUGAGUCUGGAUCCAUGUUUGAGGACCUCCUGCCCAAGGACAUCAAUGUGUAUGCCACGACAGCCUCCAAUGCCCACGAGUCCUCGUAUGCCUGCUAUUUUGACAAGAAGCGCAAGACAUACCUGGGUGACGUAUACAGUGUCAAGUGGAUGCAGGAUUCAGACAAGGAGGACCUGACGACAGAGACGCUCCAAAAGCAGUUCUUGAUCACCAAGAAGGAGACCAACUCCAGCCAUGUCAUGGAGUACGGGGACCUGACAAUAGGCCAGAUGACAGUUGCUGAAUUCCAAGGGACUCAGAUGGGCCCUGCUAGAAAUGAUGACCCAACAGACACAGACUACUGCACUGACAAGGUGAAGUCAGAGGAUGUUCCACUGGAGAUCCUCCGUAGAAGUCUCGACCUUGUGGAGACCAAACAGGAAGCUGCGGAGAUCCAGAGAAAGAUUGAAGAGAUCCUUCAGGAGAGGAAAAUAGUUGACGAGACAGUGAAAGCCAUUGUGGCCACGGCAACCAGUAACCACCUGCUGACGAGCUCGGUGACGGAGAGGAGACACAACAUCAAGCAGUGGGACUGUUACGAGGAGGUUGUGGAACUGCUACAGACCACAUGUGACACGCAGCUCAACAUUCCUGUUAAUGACUAUGCACUCAGGAAGCUGUACAUGUUUGUAAACAUGUGCGAGAUGAACAUCCCAAGGGAGGCCAUCCACUCUUCAAUUCAGAAGGUUUGCAAGCCAGAGCUGUGAAUUCCACCUUGAUAUGUCAAACAAUGAACUGUGUUGUUCUCGUCAAUUAAAGGAAUUCAAUUUGUUAGAAUAAAUACAGCAUCUUUUGAAAUAGAUAUACAUAGAAAAAAUCAGAAUAUAAAACAUCUAUUGCUUAUUAUUUUUUAUUUUUUUACAAUACUUAUAGUUUAUUUGUAUUAACUUCAGCUGAAAGGUUGUAUUUUUAAUUUAAUGUACAGAAAAAUGUGCACUCCAAAUAUUUUUCGUUUUUGGUGCUUUAUUUUGUUAUGUAAUUUUUAUUGUGAUUCUUAAUAUGUUGUACUUGUAAGUCAAAUGUAAUAAGUUGUAAAUAUAAACUAUAUUUUAUUGAACAUUAUCACACACUUAUGAAUAUAAAUAAAUGUUUCGGUUGUUUAAUAUUAGCAAACGCAGAGGUAUCUGCAUGCAAGCUUUUGUAGUUUAUUUCAAAGAAGUAUUUUAUCUGGAUUAUAUCAAUAAAUGAUAAAACAAUAUUGUGAUAAUACUCAAAAAGAAGGUGAAUUUAAGGUAGGUUGUAAAAAAUAUAGUUAUUCAAAAUGACAUUGUAUGAAUGGUUAAAAUGUGUUAUAUUUUAUUAAUAAAAAAAAUAUAAAAAGUA